GUCUAGUACAGUACUGAAAACUGUCAGUGGGGUUACAGUGGAUAAGAAUUUCUCAAAUCGGCGACUGCCAUUAAAACAGCCGUGUGAAUGCCAAAAUCUGUGCUUCUGCAUUAGUGUUAUUACAAACGUAACGUGUGACCCUGUUGCGGGAAAGACAACAGCAGCGAUCCCAUCCAAACUGUACAGGCCAAUAGUGUCUGAACUCGAUCAAAUAGUGUGCUGUGAUAAAGCGAGCAAAUGGCGUUGAAAAGAAUCCAAAAGGAAUUGACAGACCUACAGAGAGAUCCACCAGCCCAGUGUUCAGCAGGACCAGUUGGAGAGGACUUGUUUCACUGGCAGGCAACAAUAAUGGGGCCGAAUGACAGUCCCUAUCAAGGAGGGGUUUUCUUUCUUACAAUUCAUUUCCCCACAGACUAUCCCUUCAAACCACCAAAGGUUGCAUUCACAACGAAAAUCUACCACCCUAACAUUAACAGUAAUGGUAGUAUUUGUCUGGACAUCCUGCGAUCUCAAUGGUCACCUGCCCUUACGGUAUCCAAAGUGCUGUUGUCCAUCUGCUCCCUGUUGUGUGACCCGAACCCAGAUGACCCGCUGGUGCCUGAGAUUGCACAUACAUAUAAAGCAGACAGAGAAAAGUACAACAGACUAGCAAGAGAAUGGACGCAAAAGUAUGCCAUGUGAGAGUGCCUGCGACUAACUCUACAGAAGCAAACGGACAGAGAAACAUGUUUUUACUUUUAACAAGAGGAGUAAAAAUCAGUGAAUGUUGAGGAGUGGGGACAACUAAACAACAAACCCUUGGAAGGAAGGCAGAAGCCAGAGGUGAGGAGAUGAGAGCCGCUGCUGUGUGCUGAAACCGCUGUCAUGUGCCAUUCUCCCAGAACCGCCGUCAGAGCGGCCUAGCCUGGAAUACUUCAGGAAAACUGUCAAACCGGACAAACCUUGGGGUACCACAAUUCAGGAAGUUGUACUGCUGUUAGUUCUACUAUUAUUAUUAUUAUUAUUAUUGUGAUUUUCUCAGUGUUACUGUUGCUAUUCUUACACUUGUCAUCUCCAUUUGUCAGUGUGCUCUUAUUGAUGUCACUAUUAUGUUUUUCCAAAUGAGGAAUUGUUAGGCUGAAGUUGGAAUGCUGGUCUUAACCAUUGGCCAACUCAUUGGAGUCCCCAUGGUAAACAUUGCUUUAUGUUUGCUCAGAUUGAAACAUUUGACAGUGAUAUGUCUUUGUCUAUUCAGGUUAUAACUCGAAUAUAACCAGUUCUGUUUGAAAUAGAAUGUAAAGAAGACAUUUUUGUGAAUCAAAAAAUUUAUUAUGGAAACCAAUUCGAAGAAAGACUUGCAUUAGUGUCUGCCUUCCAACUUCGUGCCAUGUCAGUGUUAUUCCAUAAAACACUAUAAAUGUGAUUAGGAAACAAAAGGUUGUGUUCCUUACGGAGCAAAUGUGAUCUAAUAUUUGACAAUAAUGCGGUUUAUAAAACAAAUCACGCGAGAACAUUUUUGUGCUGUAAAAAAAAAGCAAAAUAAGACAUAUAUUGUGUUUAUUUGGUUUUAAUCUCCUAUUGACAUAUUCUUUGUUUAGUCUGGAGUGUCAGUUUCAGAUUUAACAGAUUUUAAUUCACCUCAGCCACAUGUGCAUGAUAUGGCAGAUGUUUAAGUAUUUGUUUUGAAAAGUAUUGUAAAGUUGCUUUAGGGGCCAUUCAAACCGAAUGCGUUCUUGCACUAAACAAAAUCAAGAUACAACAGUGACAAUAGUGAUUUUUUUUCUUAAUCUUACAUGGCCACGUCAACAUUUUUUUGAUUGUAAAUGCAUUAAAGCUAAAGUAUGUCAUUUCUGCGACACUAGCGCCACCGAAUGGAAUUGCAAAAAUAAACUUUGUUUUCAAAACAGCUUUCUGAAUACACCGCUCAUCUGCAGUUGUUUAAACAGUCAGAUUGUCCCGCCCCCCAACUCACACCAUUUGUUGAGUAACGUUGUUGGAGCAGGUCUCUUAAAACAGGAAUUUAUAUAGUGCCACAUAGACAUAGUGUUUACAGUUUUUGAGAAAAUUAAGCUAUGAAUGGCUUAUAGUAAUUUCUGCAUAUUAAGCUGGGAUUGAAGAAAGUAUUUUAACACUGAAAAAUGUACACACUUGAGCUUUAAUUUCGCUGCGUUUACACCUCUCAUCCACUCUAGCCACAGCGUUUUCCUCAACUGAAAAUGGAGCCUUUUGAAAUACUUUACACACUAGAGAAAAAAUUGUUCGAAAACUCUCUCCAUUACCAUAUACUUUGGAAAUUAUGACUUUAGGAUACUAAAACUGCAUUUUCUAAUGAAAGCGGAGUAGUGUGGAUGUAGUUUAAUGCGUUUUCAUUUGAAAAUGCAUUAAUUUUGCUAUACUUUUAUGCCGUUUAACAGUCACACUAGAACUGCACCGAAAAUGGAGCGUUUCGAAAGAGCUCUCCAAUACCACAUACUUUGGAAAUCGAUGACGCUAGGAUACUAAAAAUGAGUUUUCAAAUGAAAGCGGAUUAUUGUGUAUGUGGCCUAAUACGUUUUGUGUUGAAAACACAAUUUCGCUACGUUUGCACCUCUCGUUCCAUACUGAUCUCACAUUGAAUUCGGAAACAGAAGGUUGACUUUUCUUAAAGUAAGUCUGAGCUUACAGAAAUUCGAUGAACUGCCCGCAAUGGCAAAAGUGGGAAGUGUUUUUGAAUGUAUGGGCACAUGCGAGCUCCAGUUCCUGGGUGAAAUGCCCACAAAGGGGCGCCAAAAGCAAGUUGUUUUAGCUGUAAUACAUUAAAGAGGAAUGCGUAUUUUAUUAACUCUACCUCUAAACCUAGCUGUCAGUGGAGUCAAAUUGUAAUGUUAGAGGGAAAAUGGAACCUCCGAAUCGAUAGAAUAGCUCUCUGGGGAAAACGAAUGGGUGUUUCCCAAUCUGUGGGCAUUUUCAAACCGGGAUGGGUGUUUCUAAACUAUUCAAUGAAAGUAGGGAGUCUCAGUGUAGUAAUCAGUGGGUGUUUCUAAACCAGGAUGGAAGUUUCUAAAAUAUCCAAUGAAAGUAGAGAAUCUCAAUGGUUUGAAAAGUAGCCACUGAUUGGGAAAAGCCCAUUUUUGUUCUGCAGAGACAUGUCAUCUGAAUCGCACUUGUCAUUUAUUAUGCAAACGCAAAUACUUCCUGGUUUUUAAUGCGGGACGAGAACCCGGGAUCCUAUGCUAUCAGUCGCCUCACAGAAAGAAAAAAAAAACUUGAACCGAUGCAAAAAAUUAUGUGAGAUGGCGCUUGUUAGUAACUUGGCAUAAUGGGGCCAAUGUCAGGGUACUGGAAUAUUAGGAAACAACAACUUUGCCGACUUUCCGUGUGAUCCACUUUAGAACGGCAUUUUCCUCCACCGAAAACAGAAUUUCGAAAAUGCUCUUCAUUAUUGCAUACAUAGGAAAACUAUGACGUUUGCAAAGUAAUAUCAGAGUUUUCAAAUGAAAAAACAUUAGUGAGAAUGUGACCUUAAAAAACAGAAAAAGAAGAGAAAAAAAAAACAGCGAGAUGCCGCGCAACGAUGAAAGACGUCCGACUAAUGCAUGUUUACAUAGAAAAACAGAAGACGGAGGCAAAAACGUGUUUGGUUUGAACAGCCCCUUAGGAAGCAGAUUUUUAUAUGUGUCUUAAAAAUUCACCCAGUUUGCUUGUAGACAAUGAGGGAGCAAAAAUGCUGACCAAAUGGAAUUGUGGAAAAAAAAAAAAUGGUGUGGAACCGCUGUAAAAUAACCCCCACAAAAAACACAUGGAAACCAUUUCUGCCAAAAUGUGAUUAUGCCCCUUUCAUAUUUGCAGGCAAAGGGCGCUUCAUAGCGUAUGAAUGCAAUAAUAUUUGGCUAUUUAGUGCUCUGUUCUACAAAUCUUUCUGCAAGAGUGUAAUCAUUAAUACUCUUUAUAUACUCUUGUUCCUGUAGUCACUAAUAUAACUAACUUUUUGACUGAGAAGAUGGUACGUUUGAUGUGUGACCAGCACAGGUGCUGGACUGAAAUACUUUUACUGUAAAUUGAUUUAUUUUUUUUUUAAACAUCAACUCUGGGCUGCCUAUUUUGAAUUGGACGAUCAUGAUGUUUACACAGAGCAGGGUAGAAGAAGAAUGAGAAAUUUUCUUCACUUGUUUGAACUGGACGACUGGGAAUUUGUGUCCGAAAUGCUACAUAUUGGGAAAGAAAGUGUGAACAUCUCCUCACCUUCUGGUGCUGCUCUUCAAAAGCCCAUGCCACAUUUCACUGGCCGAAGACUCCCUGAAAAGGGCUAAAUAUUAUCUUGAUUCUGUUUAGCACCAUGUUUUUGUACCACUACAGAGAAAUUGGUGUUUGUCUUGGAUUUAGCUUUGGAUAUGUUUUUAAAGGGAUAGUUCACCCAAAAUGAAAAUUCUAUCAUUUACUCACUCUUGUGAUGUUAUGGCUCUUUCUUCUGUAGAACACAAAAAGAAUGUUAGCAUUCACCUUCAUUGCAUCUUUUCUCCAUACUGUGAAAGUGAAUUGUGACUGAGACUAUCAGUCCUUAACUUUCAGUUUUUGUAUUCCACGGAAGAAAGUAAGUCAUAGGGUUUUAAAACGACAUGAGGGUGAGUAAAAAAUGAUUUUUUUUUUUUCAAGUGAACUGUCUCUUUAAAUGUUUAUAUAACACAAAUGGGGGAUACUCUGUCCACCAAGGGUGUUCUGUAUCUUUUUAAUUCAAUUUUGAAUGUACACUUUUAUGCCAACUUUUCCUGACCUUGACCUUCCUCUAAUGCUGAGGUACUGUUUUCUUCAUAUCUGCAAAAUUUUUCAUCUUUAAAUGUGGCUGUAUGUGGCUCGCUGGUUAUGCGUCUUGUAGUUGAACGUUUUAAUUAAUUUAUUUAUUUAUUUGCUAUUUAUUUGCCGUCUUCCAGUCAACAGCUCAAAUGCAGUCAACCUGAAUUUAUUGUGUCCUCAAAAAGUAUUUAGACACUUAAGCCAUACUUACAAAUGUAUGAAUGCCAUUGCAUUAGGAUAACAAAACGAUGCAAACAAAUGAUACUAGACCUUUCCUCAGAACUAACUUAAUUCAUCCAUUUUUGCUAUUACUUUUAGUCAGUUUGUACAGGUGUCCUUGCAGAGUUACCAGAGGUGUAGUUCAUCACAUUAACUAUGGACAUUUUCCAGUAACGUCUGACAACCAGAAAGUGUUCAUUUUAAACAAUAUACCUAUUGUUUUAUCAUUUAAAAUCGAACAAACUUCUUUCUGUCAAAUGUUUUGCUUGAAAAGUGUGCUUGUGCUACCUUUCUUCAAAUAAAUGCCAUAUAGUUUUUACAUUUUGUUAUCUAAUGCAAUGACAUCCAUACAUUUUAAGUGUGGCUUUUUAAAGGCCAAAUAUUUUGGGGUCAGUCGAGGUGCAACACUGUGUUGUGGUCGAUUUGUGUGGUAUUUGCGCUAAAGGCAGUAUAGCAUGCUUUGCACUCUGAUAGUCUACAACCUUUUUCUGCAGGCAUUUGCAAGAUAUCAGGGAUCUUUCUCUCCAUUUUCUCAUCUCUCCCAAGACCUUCAAUAAAACCUUAGCCUUAAAUAUCAAUGUAUAAGCAACCUUACUGUUUUAUUGAUUGAGUACUUUUUUUGUGUAGCACACAUACACAGAGCCAUAAUGACCUCUCCUUGCUAAGUGUUUGUGCUAGAAAGCCCUGUUAUCUAACCAGCUCUCUCCUCAUGAAACCAUGCUGACUCGGUCCAGCUGAGGCUAACCUCCAAGGUGUCAACUUUAGUGAAUAAAGCUCCUUUUGUUUAAGA